GAAAAAGCCCACGUAGCAUUUUCAUAACAUUUUGGUUAUUGUUGUGAGUUUUGUGAGCUGAAAAGGGGUUUGAAUGUCAGUUGUUUGUUAAGUUAUUAUGGAAGCAUUAGUUUGUUGUUCUCUACCUUCCUUGACUACUGCAAAAGCUAGAAACAUAGUUACACAUAAUUGUUGUUCCUUAACAUUGACUAAAACCUCUAAUUUUUGGGUUAAGAAUCCAAAAAUAACAAGAAGAAGCACAAGAACAAGGGUAGGUGUUGUGUCUAUGAAUGAUGUCACCACAGUAGUACUUGACCCAGCUCCAGCUGAAAUCACAUGGCAAAUUGUUGUUGGGACUAUAGCUGGGAUUACACCUUUUGUGGUGGCAGGGAUUGAAUUUAGUAAGAGAAUUAUAGCUCAAAAAAAAUGUGAGACAUGUGGAGGUUCAGGACUUGUUUUUGUAGAAAAGAAUUAUUUUCGUUGCCCAGAAUGUGGUGGAUUUCUUCCUUGGCAGUCCUGGAAAAGAUUCUUCUCUGGUUAAUGUAUAUUAUACAACAUUGUACAAAUAGUACUUUGCAAUUGCUUUUUUAGCACAAAAUCUAUGUGUAAAGAUAUUAGUACAAACUUUAUUAGGAACAUCAUACACACCAUGGGAUAAUUGAAAUUUUAUUUGAUA